CGCCUAUUUAUAUGCUCGUCCUCAUAUGGAGACACACGAACAAGAACGAUCUCUGGCUCCUAGAUUAGAUUUGACAUUUUUUCAAGCACUGUUGCUGCAUUUGAAGGUUCGAUCAUGUCGACAAGUGACGUCAAGCUUCUGGGUGGAUGGCCGAGUCCAUUCGUGAUGCGAGCUCGAAUAGCACUCAACAUCAAGUCCGUGGACUACGAGUUUCUCCAAGAGAAGGUGGGCGAAAAGAGUGAGCUUCUUCUCAAAUCCAAUCCUGUUUACAAGAAAAUCCCAGUUCUGAUUCAUGCUGAUAAGCCAAUAUGUGAAUCGCUUAUCAUUGUCCAGUACAUCGACGAGGUUUGGACCUCUGGUCCUUCGAUUCUUCCUUCAGAUCCCUAUGAUCGUGCCAUUGCUCGCUUCUGGGCGGCUUACAUCGAUGAUAAGUGGUUCCCAUCUGUGAGAGGAAUAGCACUUAUUGCUGAGGGAGACGAAGAGAAGAAAGAGGCAGUACAGGAAGUGGCUACAGGAUUGGAGCUCUUGGAAGAUGCAUUCCCCAAAUGCAACAAAGGCGGCAAUUUCUUUGGGGGAGAACGUAUUGGGUAUCUCGACAUUGCACUUGGGUGCUUCUUGGCGUGGCUCAGGGUGACUGAGAAGUUGAACAAUGUGAAACUGCUUGAUGAAGCCAAGACACCUAAUUUGUGUAAAUGGGCUGAGAGUUUUUGCUCUGAUGCUGCUGUCAAGGAUGUUAUGCCUGAAACUGAUAAGCUCCUUGGGUUUGCUAAGGUGCUUAUGGCCAGAUUCAAAGCUCCUCCUGCCAAUUGAAUUAACCCGUUGAAGGGAGAUUAGGAGGUGUGUUUGUUGAAGAAGCUAUUUUCUUUUAGAAUAUGCUGAAGUGUUUUAUCUGUAGGUGUUUGAUAAUUUUAUGGGCGGUGAUGCAAUCUGAUUUGCAGAAGCUAG